AUAUAAGUUAUUUCAGUUAGCAUAAGCCCAUUAUAUUUUUCGUGGCAAUAAAAUAAGAAAAUUUAGUUGUGUAAAGAAUACUGCAAAGAAGAUUGCUGGUGAGAGUAAGAGUAGAAUGCCAGGAAACAAGGAAACCUGGUGGUGAGAUGAGGACGUUCAAAAAAUCAUAGAAAGUAAGAAAAAGUAAUUCAAAGUAUGGUAGAAGAGCAAAAUGAGAGAAGACUGGAUGGAAUAUAAACGCUUGUGCAAAGAAGCCAAGUGUGCAGUAAGUAAGGCGAAGUUUAAGAGGUAUAAAGAGUUGUAUGAUAGGCUAGGAACAAAGGAAGGCAAGAAAGAAAUCUAUAGACUUGCAAAGAUAAGAGAGAAAAGGUCUAAAGAUUAUCAUUAUAUAAGGUAUAUAAAAAGUGUUGAUAAUAAGGUACCCUUGAGUGAUGAUGAUGUGAAAAAAAGGUGGAAAGAGUAUUUUGAAAAAUUAUUGAAUGAAGAGUACCCAAAAUAGACAUUAAAGGAUAUCUCGUGGAAUGAGGGACUGGUAGAUUUAAUUAGUGAGAAAGAGGUAUGGGAGGCUGUGGCAUCAAUGAAAAAGAAUAAAGCAGAUAAAGUGCCAGUAAAAAUAUGGAAAAUAAUAGGCGGUGUUGGCAUAAUGUGGUUGAAGGAACUUUUAAAUAAAAUCUUAUUAGAAGAAAAAAUUCCAAAUAACUGAAGGAAUAGUAUUGUGGUGCAGAUAUUUAAGGUAAAGGUGACAUACAGGAGUGUGGAAAUUAUAGAGGCAUAAAGCUUAUGAGUCAUAGUAUGAAAAUUUGGGAAAAGGCAAUAGAUAAGAAAAUAAGAAAUGAGACAUCGGUAUGUUGUGUGAGGCAACUAAUAGAAAAGUUUAGGGAAAAGAAGAAAAAGCUGUGUAUGGUAUUUAUGGAUUUGGAGAAAGCGUAUGAAAGAGUAACGAGAGAGGUUUUAAAGUGUUCAUUAAUGAGAAAAGGAGUCCCGAAAAGGUACAUUAAUAUAAUAGAAGAUAUGUAUUAUGGCACUUGUAUCAGGGUAAAAAGUGUAGGAGGACUAUCAGAAGGUUUUCGGGUAAGAGUAGGAGUGCAUCAAGGUUCUUCUUUAAGCCCUUACUUAUUCUCUAUAGUGAUGGAUGAAAUUACUAGAAAAAUACAAGGAAAGGUGCUGUGGUGCAUGUUGUUUGCUGACGAUAUUUACUAUUUGUUAAUAGUAGAAAAUAGGGAGAAAAUUAAUCAAAGGCUAAAGGUGUAGAGAUCAGCUCUUGAAGAAAAGGGUUUAAGAAUAAGUAGAAGUAAGACAGAGUAUAUAAUACGAGUUUGACAAAGGAGAACACAAGGUAGGUGAAAUGAGGAGGUCAGUGACAAUAAGCGUGGACGUGAUUGGAGAGGUGGAGAGUUUUAAGUAUUUAGGGUCAGUUGUACAAAAGAGUGGUGGUAUUGACGAGGAUGUAAGACACAGAAUUAAGUGCGGUUGGUUGAAGUGGAGAGAAGCGUCUGGCGUCUUAUACGAUAAAAGAAUUCCAAUGAGGCUGAAAGGUAAAUUCUACAAGACUGCAAUAAGGCCAGCUAUGAUGUAUAAUUCAUAGUGUUGGGUGGUUGACAAGGGAGUUGAGCAAAGAAUGAGUGUAGCAGAGAUGAGAAUGCUUAGAUGGAUGAGUGGAGUGAUAAGAGAUGAUAGGAUAAGGAACGAGCAUAUAAGAGGGAGUAUAGGUGUAGCGUCAAUCGUGGAUAAGAUAAGAGAAAAUAGACUUAGAUGUUUUGGUCAUGUUAUGAGGAGAGAAGAACCGGAAGCUGUAUAAACAGUUAUAGAAAUGAAUGUUGAAGGAAGAAGAGAUAGAGGAAGACCAAAAAAGAGAUGGAGGGAUGCUAUUGUGUGCGAUUUGGUGACAGCUGAUGUGAGCGUAGAUGAUGUGGGAGAUCGUGUCAAGUGGAAGUUUAGGAUAAGGGUGGCCGACCCCAAGUAGUUGGGAUUAAGGCGAGGAAGAAGAAGAAGAAUAAAAAAAGUCACAGAUUCUAUUAUUGUCAAUGAAACAUCAUUAAUAGAAGAUCAAAAUUGGAAAGAAAAAAAAAAUUAUACUUGUGUACCCAUACCACGUCCACGUUCUUUGAUGAGUAAUACUUCAAUUGAUAGUUCCAGUUUAAAAAGUAAGCUUUCAGAUUUUUCGACAUCAGACAAAAGUAGUUUUUGUGAUAGCAAAUCAGAAUCUUUAGAAUUGGAAGAAAGUGUAUCUAUAGAAAUAAGUGAUUCUGAAAACAUUGAAACUUCAAAUAAAAUACUUUUACAGGUACCUAAAAACAAUGAGAAAAAAAUAGAAGAAUGUCAAAAUGGUAAUUAUGAUAAAUUUUACGGUUCAAGGUUAGAAAUAUGUAUCUUUCAAACAGAUAUUCUGAAAGUAGACACAAGAAUAAAACAUCCCAGUGUAAUUAUUCAUUUUGUUGAUCUUAUUUUAUGGGAAUAUUUGAAAAAGUCAAAUAAUGGCGAUGUUGAAAUAAUAAAAGAGACAUCUUAUAUGAAUCCAGUAUUAACUAAAGAAUUUAAUUUUAAAGCAAACAAAACUAUUGUACCUCGUUGGAAUGAAAAUAUUCUUAUUAAUGAACAGUUUGAAGAUAUUAUAAAGAAAAAUACUAUAAUCCUUUUUGAAAUAGUAGACUUCAUAGGCAAGUACCGUCCACCAUUAAUGUCAGAGGAUUGGUAUCGAAUAGCUUGGGCUUUUUUCAGACCAAUUGGAUUGCAUGGUAAUGACAAUACUGACAAAAAAAUUAGAUUGCAGUUAUACAAACCAUGGCAUGAAUCAAAGUCUAUACCUAAUAAUCGUCCAAUGGUCGCACAUUGGUUGAAAAAAGGAAUACUUAAAAAAUAUCCGAGUACACUUCAUAUAAGCCUUAAUAAAUUGAAUUUUUCUAGGGAAUUAAAAAAAGAAACCAGACUGAGUUCAAUUUCUAGUUCAAUUCAAGAAGUUCAUGGCUACACUUCUAAUCUUAGUCAAGAAAAUUAUCAAAAAUGUGAUAUUAAAUGGGAAAAACUCCCUGGCCAAAAAUGUAAGCUUCCGAAUUCUGAAGUAAUCAAACUUCAACCAAGUUCUGAGGGAUGCAUGUGUCUCAAGUUCAGUAGUGAUGGCUUUAAAUUAGCCGUAGCUUCUGGAAAAUAUUUAAACAUAUAUACAGUACCUGAUUUCAAAUUGUACAAACAUUUGACAGGUCAUCAAGGUUUAAUUUACUCUAUCAGAUGGAAUAAAGAUAAUAAAAACCUUUUAUCAUCCUCUUCCGACUAUACUGCUUGUGUUUGGACAUUAAUAGAUUUUAAGAAAAUCGAUUUUCAAAUACUUCCACAUCCAUCAUACGUUUAUUGUGCAGAAUACUGUGGAAAUGUCAUUAUAACUGGGUGUUAUGAUAAUAUCUUACGAUUGUGGAUAACAGCCCAUAAAAAAUGGAUUUUAUGCCAAGAAGCUGAGUUUCAUAAAGGAUUCAUUUCAAGUAUAGUUACUUAUCUCAACAGAAUAGUACUUACGGCUGAUAGUCAUGGAAUAAUAGCAGAGUGGUCAUUAGAAAAUAAUAGACUCAACAAAAUAAGAAUAAUAUCCGUACCAGAAAUCAGAAAUGUGAUUAUCAGUAAUAUCCAACUACAUCCGGCUGGAAAAAGAUUGUUGAUACAAACAAGAGACAGCGUCUUACGAAUAAUAGAUUUGCAGACUGGUGCAGUAGUUCAAUGGUUUCGGGGUGGUGUAAAUAACAAGGUCCAAACUGGAUGCGCUUUAAGUCCUUGUGGGAAUUUAGUUUUUGGUUGUGGUGAAGAUGGUCCUGUUAACGUUUGGGAAGCAUACACGGGUAAGCAGUUGGCAUUUUACUCAAACCGAAGUUCCUUAACAACUAUUGCUCUUAGCGGCGCUGUUGAUUAUCACCCGCAUGAUAAUAUUCUUGCCUUUGGCUUGUAUACACCAGCAAGGAAUUCGCCAAUUUAUAUAGCUCAAUAUAAAAAAAAUUCCAAUUCAGAUAUAGGGCUAAGAUUAUUAUGUCCUAUACAAACAAGCAAGUUUCAUCAGAGUAAAUUUACUAUUCAAGGUCACGACUGUAAUUAUAAAAAAACAGAGGCAACUAUUUGGUCGCAACAAAAUGAUGAACAAAAAAUAAAACUUUUGAAAAAUGUUAUUCAAAGGAUGGAUAGCGUCAUAAAAACUUACAAUUCAUAAAUAUUUUAAAGCCAAUUUUUUAUACGAUAUAAU